UUUCCCUGUCUCACCAUGGAUGAAGCCCUGCUGUCAGAUGAUGCUGAUGCUGUACAGAAGGAGCUGGACAGUGGACUGCAGCUGUCAGAGUACCUGAACCGUGGCACGUUACAGCACCUGUACAACAAAGCAUUUGAAGAUGCUACACCCAAGCAGCGCGAGACGUACGUCUUCAACCACCUGGUGGAGAAAUGUCUGGACCAGGGGAAGUAUGAAGGUCACACUGUCCUACAUGUGCUGGGGGAGGUCAUCUCACAAGAUCUCAUACAGGACCACGAGAUACCCAACAUAUAUGAUGAUGAGAACUCGGACCGUGCCCUGGGUCUCCAUGACCUUCUCAUCUGGGCCAUCGCCACAGGCAAGGUCAAACUUGCCAGGUUCUUCUGGAAUCUAGGGUCCGACCAGAUCGUUUCAGGUCUGGUUGCCAGCAUGAUGUUCAAGUUUGCAGCUGAUCAUCUCCCAAAUGACAUCUAUCACGCUGACCAGCGAGCAGACCUCUUCAAGCUGUCUAAGGAGUACCGACAGCUGGCCCUGCUGGUGAUUAACGAGUGUUACCGGUUGGAUAAGAAGGAGACGUCGGACGUUCAGGUGAAACAGCGGGGAGACUGGGUCCACAUCGCUCCGCUGGACGCCAUCGACAUGGCCGAGGACAUGGAGGUCAUGGGUCACGCCGCCUGCCAGUUCACCCUGGAUAACAUCUGGACAGGCAGGAUGGCCAGUAACACUCCCACAUGGAAGUUGAUGGCUGCUACAGUCUGUCCACCCCUGCUGUUUUUCCUGGAGUAUGUGGGUGAUGAGGACCCUGCACAUGAACAUGACACCAGCCUGUGGGACAAGGUCAAGUUCUACUUCACUGCACCUGUCACCAAGUUCAUGUACAGUGUGGUGUCCCACGUGUUGCUGAUCCUGAUGUUCAGCUACAUGGUCCUGUUUGAGGUCCGGCCUCAGAGUAAGCAGCCUGUGGGUUGGGCGGAGGGACUCCUGGUGUUCUGGAUCGCCAUUCUGGGUCUCGAAGAAAUACGCCAAAUGGUGGACAAACGCAUUCUGAUCCAAACCUGGAUCUCCAACGCGUGGAACAUCCUGGAUGUGAUCAUCGUAGGUCUGUUCGAGAUCACCUUCAUCGUACGCCUCUGUCUCGACCGGGAUUUCGAGAAGCAGAAUUUCCAGAUGAUCCGGAUUCUGUACUGCCUGACCCUGAUCUUCCUGUGUGUGCGGAUGGUCCCCAUGUUCUAUCUCAACAAGAACAUGGGACCAAAGAUCGUCAUGAUCCGGAAGAUGGUCGGUGACGUGGUGUUCUUCCUGAGUGUUCUGGCCGUCGUUGCGGUGUGUUACGGCGUCACCAGACUGGCCCUCACCACGCCUAAAAACGAGUUCACUCCCAGCAUUGUCCAGAAGGUCUUCCUCAUACCGUACUGGCAACUGCACGAGCAAAUGUUGGACCUGGAGGAGGGGGAAGGGACAGAAUUGCCCUGGUACGUGGACGUCAUGGAGGCAGGUUACAUGUUGUUAGUAGCUGUGAUGCUGGUGGAACUACAAGUCGGUUUGUUUGAAUACACCAUUGAACGUGUCCAGGAGCGAGCAGGCAUGUACUGGAGCUACUACAGGUAUGACAUGAUCCAGGAGUACCAGGACAGACCCCUCGGACCAGGGCCACUCCUCGUCUUCGGGCUGCUGUGGAAACUAUGGGAGGUCUUCAGAGGCGUUCCCGCAAGCAGCCCUUUCCGGAGAACAUUCAGUGGAAAAGUAGAGGCGAAUCUACAGGAGUUGGAGAGGAAAGCUGUGACGAAUGUACAGAUGAAGUUAGAGAAAGGUGUCUACAAACUGCAUGCAGCUUCUGAACAUAGCCCACCAGAUACAAGAGGAAAGCUUGGAUCCUUACGAGAACGUAUGGCAAGCAUGGAAGGUGAAAUGGAGGCAAUUAAGUCUUUAAUACAAGAUUAUACCAAGAAGUAAACAUGUCAAAUCAAAAAGAAUUUCAAAGUUGGCCACGCAAUUUACCAUCAUGAUAUUAUCAUGUUUGCCUUAGACAUUCUGCAUGCAAUCAAAUAUAAUGUACCAAAAUAUAAUAUAUCAUAGCCACAAUUUUUAAUGCUUUUUUGUGAUAAGGGUUUAGCUUCGAAAGUAUUUUAUUCUAAUGCCUUGAUUGGAAGCAGAUGUUGGGAGCAAAAAGUGCAUGGCAUGAGUUCAUGCAAUAUUAGAAAACCAUAAAAACUAUUCCCAUAUCUGCUUGGAUCUUAAUUAGGAACGUUUGGUGGCUUAUUAGUGGGAACAUAGGAGCAAAGGGAUUCAUACAUUCCAUGACAUUUUACCAUUUUUGUUAAUUCUGGGAAUUUUAACAUCCGAGUUGAUCCGAGUAUUUUCUGAAUAUUCGGUAAUUUCUUAUCCAAAUGUAUAUCAAAGAAUACUUUAUUUACGAAAUAGCAUAAUUGGAAUAAGGGUCGUAUUAUGUUGUGUCCAAAAUGGUUUUUGUUUCUUUCUUUCAUACAAUAAACCUACAAAUAGACGCACAGUGAAAAUUACUAUAAGACUAGGUGUGUAUAUAUUAACUAAACAAGCCAUGUUUUAAUGUCUUGAGCCAUAUACAUUUUAGAGACAUUUGCUGGGAUAACAAUACUUUAUUUUUCUUCAUCUAUCUAUUUGUUUCUGUUUUAUUUAACUAGGGUGGUCCAACUCAGUAUAAGACAGUGCUUUACACGUACAAUGGAGCUCUGGAAGACACGUCAUACAUAUUUGUAACAUA